AUGCCAACAGCAUUACAUACACCAACCCACUACAGCAUCCUCUCCCUCCCAUCACCCACCUCUCCCUCCUCCCCAAGCCUCACCUCGAAACAGGUAAAGCAAGCCUACAGAGACGCCCUCCUGCUGCAUCACCCAGACAAAUCCCUCCGCCCUUCUUCCUCCCUCACAACUCUACCCACCCCAAACCCAACAAUCGACCAAAUAACCCUCGCCUACAAGACCCUCAUAUCUCCUUCCUCUCGCUCUGCCUACGACCGCUCGCUCCUCCUCACCUCAGUCCUUCCUCACCCCCACCACCCUCUCCGCCCUCAGGACGAGCAAGAAUCUAAAUGGACGGGCCAGGACACAGUCCUUGAUCUCGACGACUUUCACCACUCCCCCGUGGAACGGGUCUACUACACAGCAUGCAGAUGCGGGAGCAGGGAAGGCAGAGAAUACGUGGUUACAGAGUCAGAGCUAGAGAAAGCUGUGGAUGAGGGUGAGGAGGAGGUGGGGGUGCAGUGCGCGGGGUGCAGUCUGUGGGUGUGGGUGGCCUUUAGUGUUGUGGAGGAGGAGCAGCAGGGUGAGGAAGGGAAGGACAGGGAAGGUGGAGAGAGUGGGGUUGAUGGGCGGUGA